AUCUCUCUCCCCUCUGUGUCGACUCUGGAGUGUCGGUUCUCUCUCUCUCGCACACAGACUCAGCAUCAGUAUGGCAGCUUAUGCUGCUCUUCUUUCCCUUGCUCAAACUACACAUCUCAAUACAUAUCAACAUCAAUCUCUCUUUUCUUCCGAAGCAGAAGAAAAAGUUAGAUCAAUCCACGACUAUGUCAGUUUCUUGCUAUUGUUCUUUGAAGAUUUUCCACAGAAAGUCAACCGUUGGGAAGGAAGGAUCAGGGACGUAUCUUAUCAAAUCGAAGAUAUUAUUGAAGUUUUUAUCUGUCACCGAAUUCAGCGUCAUCCAUCACGCGUCAAAUUGGAAGGCCAGCUCCAAAAUGUGAUGGAAGAAAUUGGUUUAAUCGCGGGCGAAGUCAUGGAAGAGCGACCUACUUAUCUACCUGCAUCUUCAUCAUCGUCAUCAAGGCUUGCGUCAACUGGCAACGACGCAGUGAUUGGUUUAGACGACGACAUCACAGCAAUAAAGGAACGGCUUUGCGGACAGUCACCCAAUCUUCGAGUCGUCCCCAUCGUGGGUAUGGGUGGAAUAGGUAAAACCACUCUUGCUAAAGCUGUUUACGACGAUCAAUUAAUCAUUGAGCGUUUUGAUAUUCGUGCUUGGGUUGUGGCAUCACAAGAUUACAGUCCGCAUAGGUUCAGGAAACUUCUUUUAGAUUCAAUGAAAUUGUUAGAAGAUCAAAUGUCAACAGAUGUGAUUGAUGAAUCUGAUAUUGACUCGAAAGUGUGUAAAAAAUUGAAGGGUUGGAGGUAUCUCAUUGUGAUUGAUGAUGUUUGGGGAACAAAUAUUUGGGAUGAUGUAAGGUAUAUGUUCCCGGAUGACAAGAAUGGAAGUCGAAUCAUGCUAACUACAAGGCAAUUGGAUGUGGCCAGUUAUCCUGACACUGCUGGCCCUCUUCAUGAUAUGAGGUUAAUGAAUUGUUCUCAAAGUUGGGAUUUGCUUAGGUUGAAGGUAUUCACAGACGGCUAUUGCACGCCUGAUUUAGAAGACGUUGGGACAGAGAUAGCACGAAGGUGCGCGGGGCUACCCCUUGCUGUUGUCCUAGCUGCUGGAGUCUUGACUUCAGUCAUCAGGACUAAAGCUUCUUGGGAGGAAAUUGCCAAAAAUGUAAAUCCUGUUGUUGGUUGGGAACUAGAGGAGAUACUCUCUUUGAGCUAUACCUACUUGCCUCAUCAUUUAAGACUGUGUUUUCUGUUUAUUGGAGGUUUUCUUGAAGAUGCAAGUAUUCGUGCUUCAAGGCUAUUUAGGUUGUGGGUAGCUGAGGGUUUUCUGAAGCAUAAAAAUGGAGGUAGUAAAAGCUUGGAAGAGGAGGCAGAGGAGUGUUUGGAGGAUCUUGUAAAGAGAAAUCUUGUGAUUGUGACUAGUAGGAAAACUAAUGGGAAAAUCAAGAGCUGCAGCCUCCAUGAUAUGGUACGAGAUUUGUGCAUAAGGAUAGCCCGCGAAGAGAAGUUUCUUCAUGUUAUGGAUGGGCGUGAUCUUCCACAAGGCUUGAUGAAUGAGCGACGCAUCAGUUUCAGUCGUUCUGAUAUUGAUAAAAUUUGGGGUCCAACCUUCCGUACCAUUCUGUGCUUCCAAACGAAGAUUUUUCCUAGUUGGCUGGCCAUGUUAGGAAGCUAUAAAUUGCUAAGGAUAUUGGAUGCGUUACAUGUAAACCUGAAAGUGCUACCUACUGUAUUAUUUGAUCUGCAUUGGUUAAGAUAUCUUGCUUUAAUGGGCUCUUUCAGAAUUCCAUCUGCUGUAUCUAAUCUUGUGAAUCUUCAAACAUUAAUCAUUCAUCUACAGUUUGGAAAGCUACGACGAAGGUAUGAUGAUGGUGUACGCCGCUCUUUGCCAUUGGAAAUUUGGAGGCUGCCGCAACUAAGGCAUCUUUUCUUCCAUGCUCCUUAUAUGCUACCUCAUCCUCUGGAAGGAUUAAAUCUUCCUCUAGAAAAUCUCCAAACUCUUUUGCUUGUCGAAAAUCUUGUAUGGAAUGAAAAGAUCCUACAAUUAAUUCCCAAUGUCAAGAGAUUGGGACUUACUUAUUCAAGCAAUCAAGACCAUCACCUCCAUCAUCUCAAAGAUCUGCAUCAACUUGAACGGUUGAAAAUGAUUGGGUAUCGGGAUUUUUCAUGGAGGGGGCAAAGUCCUACUUUUCCUUGUGCAUUGAAGAAGUUGACAUUAGUAGGCGGGGGAUUUCUCUGGAAAGAUAUGGCCAUUGUGGGUUCAUUGCCUAAUCUGGAAAUCCUUAAACUACUAGGUAACGCUUGUGAUGGUGAAACAUGGGAAACAACUGAUGAAGAUUUUCCUCGGCUGAAAUUUUUGCUAAUUGAUGAAUCGCAUCUCCGGGAAUGGAUAACUCACAGCAAGCCUUUCCCAGCACUCAGACGCCUAGUGCUUCGUUCUUGUCGCUAUCUGAGAGAGAUUCCAGAAGGUAUAGGAGAAAUUCCAACCCUUGAACUGAUUGAAGUUGAUUAUUGUACAAAUUCUCUUGUGGAAUCAGCCAUGAAAAUAAAAGAGGAUCAAGAGAGUUAUGGAAAUUAUGAUCUACAAGUUCUUGCUGGCCAUGAGGAGAUUCAGUCAUUUUACAAACGGAUGGCUCUAUCACCAUCAAGACCUGCAACUUUGAGCAAUGAUGCAGUGAUUGGUUUAGACAAUGAUCUGGUGGCAAUAAAGGAGCUGCUUUGUAGACAGUCAUCCCAACUCCAAGUUGUCUCGAUAGUGGGUCCGGUUGGUAUAGGUAAGACCACUCUUGCUAGAACUGUUUACUAUGAUCCAUUACUCUUGGAGCAUUUUGAGAUUCGCGCUUGGCUCACAUUAUCACUGGAUUAUAGUCCACUUAGGUUGAGAAAAGAAAUUCUUUUAGGCCUUUUAGAUUCAAUGGAGUUGUUGGAUGAACAUAUGUCUGGAGAGAAGAUUGGUGAGCCUGAAAUGCUAACUAAAAUACAUCAAAGGUUGAUGGGUAGGCGGUAUCUCGUUGUAAUGGAUGAUUUUUGGACCACAGAGGAGUGGGGUGGUUUCAGUGAUAUAUUCCCCAAUGACGAAAAUGGAAGUCGAAUCAUGUUAACCACAAGGUUGGCAGAUGCAGGUUCUUAUGACAAUUCUGGAAACUUUCUUCAUCGGAUGCAGUUGAUGGAUGAUUAUCAAAGUUGGAAUUUGCUUAAGCAAAAGGUGUUCGAAAACAUAAAUUGCCCUCCUGAGUUGGAAGACAUCGGGAAAGAGAUUGCACAAAGAUGUGCAGGACUACCCCUUGGUGUCGUCCUGAUUGCUGGUGUUCUGUCUGCAGUAGAUAAGACCGAAGCUUCUUGGAAUAAAAUUUCCGAAAAAUUAAAUCCAAAAUUUGGCCCAUCUUUGGGGGAGAUACUAUAUUUCAGUUACAAACAGUUGCCUCAUCAUUUAAGGCCCUGUUUUCUGCGUAUGGGAGAAUUUGCAAAAAAUAAAGAAGGCAUCCAUGCUUCAAAACUCAUUCAGUUAUGGGUGGAUAAGGGCUUCUUGAAACAUGAGAAUGGAUGCAUUGAGAGCUUGAAAGAGAAGGCGGAGGAGUAUUUGGAGGAUCUUGUCAAGAGAAAUCUUGUGACUGUGAGUAGCAGGAAGAAUAAUGGAAAAAUCAAGUAUUGCAGCGUCCAUGAUAUGGUGCGAGACUUGUGCGAGGCUUCUGUUUUCGCUCAUCAACAAGGCUCGAUGAGCGAGCGACGAGCAGAGCCUACCAAGACAGGUUUCUUCAUGUUAUUGAUGAACUUGAUCUUCUGCAAGGCUCGAUGAAUGAUCAGUUUCAAUUGGGAAGAUGGAAAAUUUGUUUUUGUAUGAUUGUAUCACUUGUAAUUAAUCUCUGGCAAACUGAUUAGCUCGCUACUUUUCGCAAUUUGCAAACAUAUAGUAUCUGGCUUGUAAUCGGUUCAGUCACGGGUCAACCGAAUCGGUCCAUCCGUUAACCAAUUAACCACAUAUAACCGAAUUGUUCAAUUAAAAAAAAAAGAAAAAAGAAUAA